AUGCUGAUGAUGAUGGAGAACAGCGGCAUGGAUGCGCAUCAGGUUGAUAUCGAUUCGGAAUUUGAGCCCCACGGUCGGUCGCGGUCGUGCACCUGGCCGCUGCCGUGUCCGGAGGAUUUCCCCGGGGGAGAGGAGGCGAGCCGGGGUCUGGCCCUGGCGUCGGUCAAAGUGGAGCAGUACAACGUGCCCGCGUGCCGGGCCGAGAGAAAAGGCGGCGCGCCGGCGGAGAUCAAGCAUCCAGCCGGCGCCCCGGCCCCGGUGGUCGCCGCUCCCGCCUGCAUGUCCGGGGCUGCGCUUGACGUGGCCGGCCAGCUGCGCAAAGCCAAGUCCUCCCGGCGGAACGCGUGGGGGAACCUGUCGUACGCCGACCUCAUCACCCGUGCCAUCGAGAGCACCCCGGAGAAGAGACUCACCCUGUCCCAGAUUUAUGACUGGAUGGUUCGCUUUGUUCCUUAUUUCAAGGAUAAAGGCGACAGCAACAGUUCAGCCGGAUGGAAGAACUCGAUCAGACACAACCUGUCACUACACAGUCGCUUCAUACGGGUGCAAAAUGAAGGGACAGGGAAGAGUUCUUGGUGGAUGCUGAACCCAGAGGGUGGGAAGAUGGGAAAAGGACCCAGACGACGUGCAGCCUCUGUAGACAAUGGGACUCGCUACCUGAAGACUAAAGGUCGCAUCAGCCGGAAGAGAGCAGGGGCUAUAGGCCUUGGAAGGGGACAAGGUCAGGGGGGUGGACCAGCAUUGCAAGGCUCCCCAGAGCAUGGCAGUCCAGCAGGUAAAGGAGGUGUGGGCAUUGGGGGUGAGGAGUAUGACACCUGGACGGAUCUCCAUUCCCGCACCUCCUCCUCUGCCUCCACGUUGAGUGGCUGUCUGUCCCCGAUCUUGGCUGAGGCAGAGGCAGAUGAACCAGAGGAGGGUGGGUUGUCCUGUUCAGCUUCCCCUAGAUUGUACCCCAGCCCUACCAGCACCCGUUCCCCAGCCCUAGGCACUGGGGGGCACUGCCCCACUGUGGAGCUGCCCCAGCUGACUGAUCUGACUGGUGCUAUCAGUCUCGAUGAGAGUGGCUACCCCCAGCCACCACCAAUCAAAUGCAACGGUUAUCCCUAUGUGCCUGGACCCAAGGCGGAGGGUUCUUACUGCGGGCCCAUGUAUGGACAGCCUUCCCUGGGGAUGCUCAGGCAUCACACUCCCAUGGAAACCAUCCAGGAGAACAAGCCAGUCAGCUUCCAGCGCCCAAUGAGAGGCUACUCAGAGAACAACGCCCUGCAGAGUCUACUCACCGGGGGUCCUUCAUACUGUAACAAAGACACAGUACUAGGCCAAGGACGGGAAACACUUACACUAAUAACACAGGGAACCAAUGGUGUUCACAACCAGCACAACCACAAUCAGAAUCGCAGCCACAAUCACAGCCAAGAGCAUCCUCACAAUUCCAGUCUACACAAUGGCCAUGGCUCAGUCCAUGAUCAGAACACAACCCACCAUCAGAACCACAAUCAGGGUCACAAACACCAAGCCAGCCUCGAAUACAGCCACAGCCACAAGCCCCACCAUACCCAUGACUAUCAUGAGCAUGGUCACAGGAAUAAAGUUAACCCCAGCCAUGAUCACAACCCUCGCUCCAGCCAGAGUCACAUGCACACCCACAACCCCAUGCCCGGUGGUCCUCCCCCACAGGCUCUCUCCCCACGGGUUAGCACUGACAUCCUGCAGCCCUAUAGUCUCAAAACCUCCAACCACUAUGGGCCCAGACCCCACCUUCCAACAUCGCCAUCCCUGCCCCCCAACCCUGCUGGGGUUAUGGACGUUCCCCAGGAUCCCUGUCGCCUGGCAUCUGCGCCUCACCCCCGUCAUCAACCAUACCCAGGAGCUCACCAUCAGGGUAUGACCAACUCCUGGCAUGGCUACUACCACAACAACCACCAGCAGGGGAAUGCUGGUUACCAGGGACAGCAGCACAACUCUCACAGUCGAAUGGCUGCCAACCUGGAGAUGGAGAACAUACCUAAUAGCCUGGACUGUGAUGUAGACUCCAUCCUGCUCAAUGACUUUAUGGAAAAUGAGAGCAUGGACUUUAACUUUGAUGGCUCUCUGUCCCAAGGUGUGGGCAUGGGGAUGGGCAUGAGCUUAGGGGCAUUUGCUUGCCCUCCACAAGCUCACAGCAACCAGAGCUGGGUGCCAGGGUGAACCCUGGUCCAUGGAUUUGGAUAAACAUAUUAACUGGAAAGCUCACCCUCUGGGUCAGGCUGCUGGUGGGCUUUACCCUUGGACUGACUGACUGUGAUUCUGUUUCUCUGAGACUGUAGAGCAAAAUACUUGUUGUCAUUUUGUUUCCUGGGGACUCCCUAUAACCACACAUCCUACUCUUCCUCUUUCUUCUCUGUUUAUAAAGCUUUCUGUCUCAAUAUUGAACCUGCCCCCAAUGAGCCUAGUGCGAAAGACCCCCUGUUUAUGCCCUUCAGUUUUUUUCUUCUGUUUCUUUAAGCUCUCCUCUCAGUCUCGUCCUGCUCGUCCUAAGCUCUCAAGCACUUUACAUCCAUCCUUUCAUACAGAUGCAGUAACACAAAGAACAGGCAAAGUCAUGUUGAGUGUUGGCUUAAGUUUAAUGUAUGCAAUCCACUUCACAGUAUUAUCUCCUCCUACAAAGGAGGUGUUGUUUUUGACUUGGGAACAUGAUCAAACAGCUGCAUAAAUAUCUUUCAUUGUAGAGGUGUUUUUAGAUUGGGGUUAAAAGGCUUUGAGGUUUAAGGAUGAAGAAAAAGGAGGUUUUUAGAGGGAGAAUAAACUAGAAGUAAAGCAAAGAAGGGAACUCCAGGGUCAGUGUGACUUCCCUCCCUGGUGGACAGUGGUGCUUCCUGUUUAUUCCAGUGCAGGAGGACAGUCAUCCAUCAGGCAACCAUCAGCACCACUCCAUUGAAAUGCAACGUCCCUUCUUUAAUCUCCAAAGUAAUGCCAGAGUGAUGCAUCACUAUUGCAAAUCUAAUGCGCCACUUUGUGUUUUUUCAACCCCCCUCCCUCUCUUCAGCUCCGGACACACCAGCUUAAUGUGUUUUUGCGAAAGUGAUGAUUAAAGUCACUCUGCACUAAAUGGGGGAGGGAUUGAAAGAGGUAGUUGGGUAGGGGGGCAUUGAGGAGAGACGAUAGGAGAGGAGAAAUGCAAAUAUUCCCUCAGUGCCUCUUCCUCUCCAUUUUGUGGAUUUAUGUAGCUUUUCCCAUAAUGAAAUAAGCAACGAUCAGAGCCUGCUGUACAUCCUGAGGAGCUUUCUGAUUGGCCCGCACUGGGCUGCCUCAGCAUGGCUCCUUCACCGGCUGACCCCAGAACAGCUUAGUGAGCAGCAGUGGUCAGGCCAGGAUGUUGAUGGAGCUGCCGUCCUCAGACCCCAGGCAACCCUGUCUAAUUCACUAACACCCAGGUUCAAGCCCACUAUGUGCUUUUACUCCUGCAAAUUGCACACUGAUGAACACCGUCAGCAGAUUACUAUUUGGUGCUAUCUUCUCUUCCCAGGCUCCCUCCUAUCGCGCCGCCCCAUCCCGAGGUUACUCGGAGGGUAAACAAGAGUAAUUAACCGCCAAACAAGAUGGAUGAUUUAUGCAAGUGUGUGUAUUCGCUCAUUGGCACAAAGUCAUAAUUCUUCCCCCUACAAAGCUCAAGGAGGGCAGUUUUUGAGAGGUGGUGCCCAGUGACAAGGUAAAGCGGCUGGCAAGCGGUGUGCUUACAGUGUCCUUCAAGCAUCCCCCUUUAACAAGCAUUACCCACCCUGUCCAGUUUUACUUUGCUGUUGUCUUUUCUGGUGCUUGUUCCGUGAUUGUGCAAUUGUCUGUCCUGUUUCAAUACAGCGUGGAUAAGAGAUUUCGUGUGCAUCUUAUUUUCCUUAUUCCCUGGGGGAAAAUGGGCAAAAGGGCCAAUCGCCAAUCCUUGUCCUGGCACCCGUCCCACUCAAGGGAGAGAGAAUAGGAACAAGAGAGAGAAGAAAGGUAGACAGAUAUGGCGAGAGAGUGAAUGGGAGGGAGCGAGCUAGAUGAGUCGACAGGAUCUAUGAGACUGGGAGAGAUUUUCCAGCUCGGUAGCUUUGUGUAGAAUUGGCUGUUUGAAUCGGGCCAAAUGUCAAGUGCUACUCAGCCAGCUCCAUCGAGCUUUGACAAGAAAGCCACUUCUCCCUCCUGAUCAAGGACAAUGAGGAGGAUUUCCAUACACAAUUCUUUUGCUUUCUUUUUUCUGUUUCAUGAGUUAAGAUGGCCCAUUAUUGUAACCCAACUGUAAUUUGUUCUCUGGCCUGUGUGCAUUUGUGUGUUAAGCUUCUCGUGGGUGUGAGAGUGUGUGUGCGUGUGUAGCACAGUGAUGUACAAGAACUGAUUAAGGGAAUAUUGUUGAGAACUAACUUGCCCUGGUAUCGUCCAUGCCUGGCUGAGUACAGCGUACAUUAAUAUAUACAGUUUAUAUUUAUUGGUUAGGGAGAUUGGUCUUGGAGGACCUUUCAGACCCCUCACUGCUUUCUCUUCUUGCUGACAAAGAGGCAGAAUGCUAUUUCAGUCUGACUACAUUUCAUUCUGUAUAUAUUCUAUAUUGAGAAAAAUUGUAUUAUAAUUUUUUUGCAAAUAUCAAGUUGUUUUCUAAAAUGAUGUAUCUGCUCAUCUG